UCCAUGGCAGAUGCCGACGUCUGUAGGGAGGGCGGGAGAAGUUUUCCGUGUGGAUCAUCCUUGGCCACCCACUGGCACAUCCACACUGGUGAGAAGCCCUACAAGUGUCCUGAGUGUGGGAAGAGCUUCGGGCGCAGCUCCAACCUCAGCGCCCACCAACGUACCCCUACCCACGAGCCACCCUACGGGCGUCCCGACUGCGGGAAGAGCUUCAACCAGAGGUCCAACCUUCUCAUCCACCAGUGGGUCCACACCAGAGAGAGACCCUGUGGGUGCCCUGAGUGCAGGAAGAGCUUCAAUGAUAGCUCCAACCUCAUCACCCACCGGUGUGUCCACACUGGGGAGAAGCCCUACAGGUGCCCCCAGUGUGGGAGGGGUUUUGGAUGCCUCUCUCAUCUCCACCAGCACCAGAAGACCCACAUGGAGAAGCCCUUCACCUGCUUGAGGUGUGGGAAGAGCUUCAGUGAGAGCUCCUCCCUCCUCCGUCACCAGCAGGUCCAUACCUGAGCCUGUUUUGGGGUGGGAAGAGGAGCUCCGGCUUUCCCACCGAGGAUGGAGGAAGCAGGAGACGCCUCUCCUGGUGUGAUGGUGGUGGGUGUCAGGCAGCAGCACCCCACGGAUGACCCCAAAAUUGGGCAGGGAGAAGGAGCUCAGUGGGGUUUUGGGGCUGGCGCUCGACCCCAAGAAGCAUGGGGCAAGUCUGAUUUAUUCUUUAUGGUGUUUCCACCAAAAACCCUGGAGAUCCACCAGGAUGGGUGGGAGAAAUAAAGUCCAGAUGGGUCUUCUAGGCCUUUGGGGCCACGAUGUCUUCAAAGCCCUGGGCGAUGGCCACCAAGGUGAGGUGUCCCCAAGUCCUGGGUGGUGUCGAGCACCCAGGGUGGGUGAGAUCACCCAGUUUUGGACCUGUCAGAAAGACCUGGCCGCAGACCAGAGGGGUUCAAGAGGCCACCCCCACACCCAUGAAGGAACGGUGGGAUGUGUAUUAGAGCUCUGUGUGUUCUCCUGCGGCAGGGGAUGGUCCUUCCCUCGGCGAGGUCUCCACAGCCUUCAUGGGAGGGGGCAUCUCAGCUGCGCGGGGCGGCUCGUGUUGUAAGGGCUGUGGUGGUCUCCAGCCAUGAGAUCCGUUGGGACGCAGAAGGUCCCAAUGGGGGGGGAAUCUCAUCCAUCUCCUUCUCUGGAGGGUUUGGUGGAGCCAAAACCUUGAUGGAGCCAAAAGCUUGAUGGAGCCGAAACCUUGAU